UGUAAACAGGAAGUUUUUGUUUACUUGAGCAUGCGUGAGAUUUAGCGGGAAAUGUGCUGAUGGUAGUGUAAAAAAGAGAGAAAGGAAAGUAAACCCAAAAGAUGAAUAACUACAACCUGAGUUCAGGGGCUUUGGAGUCUAUCAUCAAUGGUCACAAUUCUGACAAACCAGUGCUGCAAGUUAUUAGCUCAAAGAAGAUAACAGCUCAGGGAUCCAGUGCUGACAGAUACAGACUACUACUUUCUGAUGGCCAAGUCAGUUAUUCACAUGCCAUGUUGGCCACACAGCUGAACACUUUAAUGGAGUCCGGAGAGCUAGAUAAUUUGGCAGUUGUGAAAGUUGACAAGUACUUGUGUAACACCAUACAAGGAGACAGGCGUGUGAUGAUUUUGUUGGAUUUGCAUGUUUUGCAUAAGGGGACGGAAGUCGGACAAAGACUAGGAAAUCCUCAACAAUACAAGGCUGCAGCAGUACAAGGAACAAACUCAGAACACAAUUCUGCACAAUGUCCACCUCAAAUGCCUAAACAAGAAGGAGGUGGUCAAAGCUUUAUUGGUACUGUUUCUGAUAAUCAAGUCAACAACAAUUCACAGAAAGGGAAUCUGAAUGGAACAUCCAAAGGCAACUAUUCUCUGAAGGCCAACACACCUGGGGAUACACCUGGAGGAUCUGGAAGAGUGCACAAAAUUGACAGUCUCACACCCUACCAAAACAGAUGGAGAAUUCGAGCACGUGUUACACAGAAAAGUGGGAUCAGAACCUGGUCUAAUUCUCGUGGGGAGGGUAAACUGUUCAGUAUCACCCUUACUGAUGACUCAGCUGAGAUCAGGGCUACUGGAUUCAAUAAUGCUGUAGAUAAAUUCUAUGAAUUACUGGAGAUCAACAAGGUGUAUUAUUUCAGUAAAGCCUCACUGAAAACAGCCAACAAACAAUACACAACAGUCCAGAACGACUAUGAGAUGACCUUUAACCCUGACACCAUCAUUGAACCCUGUGAUGAUGACAGCAGUCUGCCAACAAUGAAUUUUAAUUUUGUGAAAAUUAAUGAGCUGAGCAACGAGACCCCCAAUUCUCUUAUUGAUGUGAUUGGUGUGGUGAAGACCUGUGCAGAUGUAACCACCAUUAUAGGCAAACAGAGUCAGAAAGAAUUCACAAAGCGAGACCUUCAGAUUGUAGACCAGUCUGGGAUGUCUGUCAGCCUGACACUGUGGGGGGCCGAUGCUCAGCAGUUUGAUGGAUCCAACCAUCCUGUCAUUGCAGUAAAAGGGGCCAAGGUGUCAGAUUUCGGAGGUCGCUCGCUGUCAGCCAUGGCCUCCAGUCAGAUUAUUCACAACCCAGACUUGCGGGAAGGACACAUGUUGAAGGGCUGGUUUGAACACGAUGGCCACAGCAUGGAUUUCCAGGGUUACAGGAAUGAUGGAAUGGGAGGGGGUGGUGGAGGUGCAACGAAUUGGAAAUGCUUUGCUGAGUUAAAGUCUGAGAAUGUUGGGGCGGAUAAACCAGAAUACUUUACCACCAAAGCAACUGUUCUCUUUUUACGGAAGGAAAAUUGCAUGUAUCAAGCAUGUCCUACCGAUUCCUGUAAUAAAAAAGUGGUGGACCAGGGGAAUGGAAUGUACAGAUGUGAAAAGUGUGCCAGGGAAUUCCCCAAUUACAAGUGGAGGAUGAUUCUAUCGGCCAAUCUUGGAGACUAUUCUGACAACCAGUGGGUAACCUGUUUCCAGGAAUCAGCGGAGGCCAUGCUGGGGAUCAGUGCUGAUGAACUAGGAGCUCUCAAAGAUUCUAAUGAAGCAGCAUUUGAUCAAGUGUUCCAAGAAGCCUGUUUCAAGUCCUACAUUUUCAAACUGCGAGCUAAAGUGGAGACUUACAAUGAUGAAAGUAGAUUGAAGACCGUAACAAUGAAUGCUGGUACCAUUGAUUUCAAAGAGCAAUCACAAAGACUGAUAGAAGAAAUCAAUAGAUUACAAAUAUGAACAGAUCCGAAUUGAUGCGACUGUGUUCAGUACUGGGUUUAUCCUAGGAAUUCAAGGCUUCUUUUUGUACAUAGGGUGUAAAUUAUAUAAGUUUCUUGUAUGAAAGGAAAAGUAGUUUCAGUACUUGCCAGAAGAACACUCAUUUAAGAUUUUAGCAUUUUUUUUUCCUUUGAUAAGAUUCUAAAAAUCUGUAUAUACAGUUGUAUGUGGCUGUUGUUUUGGAUUUUAUCUUUAUUUGAAGAGUGCAUUGAUAAAGCAUGUGAUCAUCAGAUGAUCUUUGUUUAGAAUAGAGAUGAUUUAAAACUUCAUAAGAAAAACAAUAUCCGUACCAUGUGUUCUAAAAGAUUCAUUAGUGCUACUAUUAUUUUUUAUGCAGGGAAAGUUCAUAGAUUAUAACAUUCAGGUUUUUUUCUGUACAAGUUGAAUGUUGUUUGAAAAUUACAUUUGGUUCAAAUGUGAUCAGUUCUAUUACAAAGGUCAUUUUGAGAUUUGUACAUGUAACAAUAAAACAAAAAUGAGACCAUUAAAUUAUCAAACCAU